AUGUCAACUUUGAGCAUACCUCCAGUGCUACCAUCAGCUCGAGAAGAUGCUGUCAAGCUGCAUAAAGCUUUCAAAGGUCUUGGUUGUGACACGUCUAAAGUUAUCAACAUCUUGGCUCAUAGAAAUGAAGAACAACGCAGUCUCAUUCAACAAGAAUAUGAAACCACCUUCUCUGAACUACUUUCCAAACGUUUAUCAAAAGAACUUCAUGGGCAUCUCAAGAAAGCAAUGUCACUUUGGAUGCAUGAUCCUGCAACUAGGGAUGCUAAGAUAGUGAGAAAAGCCUUAAGACCAGGAGUUGCUGAUAAUCAAGCUUUAACAGAAACUAUAUGUUCACGUACUCCAUCACAAAUUAGACGAUUAAAAGAAGUUUAUCAGUCAAUUUAUCAUUCCCCUCUUGAGACAGAUAUUGAAAUCCAACUCAGUGGUGAUCAUAAAAAGUUGUUGCUUGCAUAUGUAACUACACCACGUUAUGAAGGCCCAGAGUUGGACCCUGUAAUUGUAGAAGAAGAUGCAAAACUACUCUAUAAAGCAGGGGAGAAAAGGUUGGGAACUGAUGAGGACGUGUUCAUAAAGAUUUUUAGUGAGAAAAGUAGCACACAUUUGGCUGCAGUUAACUCUGCUUACAUAACUUCACAUGGACACUCACUAGAAAAGGCAAUAAAGAAAGAAACAUCUGGCGCUUUUCGAUAUGACCUCUUGACCAUAUUGCGUUGUGCUACUGAUUCUGCUUUUUACUUUGCCAAGAUCUUGCGCAAGUCAAUGAAGGGUGUGGGAACUCAAGAUACUAGACUAAUAAGGGUAGUUGUGACAAGAACUGAGGUAGACAUGUACCAUAUAAAAAUAGAAUAUUAUAAGAAAUAUGGAAAACCUUUAACUCAUGCAGUUCGUUCUGACACAUCAGGCCAUUACAAAGAAUUUCUCUUGAAUCUUAUAGGUUCUGAUUAUUAGUACUAUGCUGUUUUUCACAUCAAAUCAGAUUAACCAGUUUAGGAAGUAUUAUGUGAGCAGAAAUAUUUACUUACUCAUUGUAGAAGCUAAA